AUGGCUUCUGCGGCAGCAGCAACAACAGAGAAGGCGUCUCCAGUUGUGGUGGGUCUGCUGGUCGUGGGAAACAUCAUUAUUCUGCUGUCAGGCCUGGCCCUGUUUGCUGAAACGGUAUGGGUGACUGCCGACCAGUACCGCGUGUACCCACUGAUGGGCGUCUCGGGCAAGGAUGACGUCUUCGCCGGUGCCUGGAUCGCCAUCUUCUGCGGCUUCUCCUUCUUUGUGGCGGCCAGCUUUGGUGUGGGCGCAGUGCUCUGCCGCCACCGGUCCAUGAUGCUCACGUACCUGGUGCUCACGCUCACCAUCUACAUCUUUGAGUGCGCCUCCUGCAUCACGUCCUACACCCACCGAGACUACAUGGUGUCCAGCCCAUCCCUGAUCACCAAGCAGAUGCUGACCUUCUACAGUGCAGACUCGGACCAGGGCCGGGAACUCACCCGCCUCUGGGAUCGCAUCAUGAUUGAGCAAGAGUGCUGUGGCACGUCAGGUCCCAUGGAUUGGGUGAACUUCACAUCAGCCUUCCGGGCCACCACCCCAGAGGUGGUGUUCCCCUGGCCCCCGCUGUGCUGUCGCCGGACUGCCAACUUUAUCCCCCUCAGUGCUGAAGGCUGCCGCCUGGGCCACUUGGACUACCUGUUCACCAAGGGCUGCUUCGAACACAUUGGCCACGCCAUCGACAGCUACACGUGGGGCAUCUCAUGGUUUGGGUUCGCCAUCCUGAUGUGGACGCUUCCUGUGAUGCUGAUGGCCAUGCGUUUCUACAGCACGUUGUGA